AUGUCAAUGAUUGGACAUAAGAUGCUUUCAUGGCUUGACAACAGACUACGUGCAGGUACAGGGAAAGAGGAUGUCCCAUUUGGUGGCAUGUCGAUUAUCCUAAUGGGGGAUUUUGGCCAAUUACCUCCUGUAGGCGAUAGGCCAAUGUACAUUGCAGGUAAUGGAUCCGUAAUCAGUGACCAUGGUCACAGUAUGUAUUUGACAUUUGAUCAUGUAGUCAUUUUAGAGCAGGUCAUGCGACAGAUUGGUGAAGACCCAGAAGUAGUUGCAUUCAGAUCGCUAUUGAUGAGACUGAGAGAUGGACAAGUUACCGAGAUGGACUGGAGACUAUUAAUACAGCACUCCAGGCCUAACGUUUCAAUGGAUCGAUUUAGUGAUGCUAUUCGGCUGUACUUUGAUAAAAAAAGUGUCGCGGAAUAUAAUUAUGAAAAGUUGCUAGAGAUUGGACAACCAUUGGUCAAAAUUCAAGCAAGGCAUUCUGGUCGGGGUGCAAGUGCGGCAACCUCUGAUGAAGCAGGUGGUUUGGAAGCUGUUCUCUUUUUGUCAACCAGAGCAGAAGUGAUGCUGACAUGUAACCUUUGGGCAGAAGUUGGUCUUUGCAAUGGCUCUUUUGGAACUAUUGAGCAAUUUUGGUUUGCGGAGAAUGUGGGUCCACCAAAUCUACCGAUUGCAGUACUGGUUCAUUUUCCGGCAUAUUCUGGCCCUGCAUUUCUACAAGAAUGUUCAAAGUGUAUACCUGUGCCUCCAAGACUGUUUGAGUGGAUGGCGGAUGGAAAGUAUUUGUCAAGACAACAAUUGCCCUUGCGGCUGAGGUAUGCAAUGACGAUACACAAGUCCCAAGGACAGACACUAACCAAGGCUGUUGUUGAUUUAGGUAAAGGGGAGAGAGUUGCUGGCUGCACAUUUGUGGCAACAUCCAGGGUAAGAUCAAUUCAUGAUAUUGUGUUUGAACCUAUGACAUUUGAUCGUCUGAAAGUCAUUGGUAGGAAUAAAAAUUUGAAGAAGCGACAAGAAGCAGAACGACGACUUCGUGUGCUUGCAGAAAAGAAGCAGAGGCAUAAGCAUUGA